CCCAAUUCUCCCACUUUCCAAAUCAAAGACGUUGUGAUGCAAGGACUACGUCCUUGCUCAAACGACGUCGUCGUCAACCUCGACCUCGCCACCAACCCUUCUUCUUCUUCUUCCUCUUCUUCCUUGUCCAUCGACGUCGACGAAUCCACCGAGUCCCGAAUCCAACGACUCAUAUCGGAGCACCCCGUCAUCAUCUUCACCCGAUCCUCCUGCUGCAUGUGCCACGUCAUGAAGAAGCUCCUCGCCACCAUCGGCGUCAACCCCACCGUCAUCGAAUUAGACGACCACGAGAUCCCCGCCCUUCCCCUCGAUCACGAUCAACAAUCUCCCACCACCACCGCCGCCGCCGCCCUCCGCAACCGCACCCCCGCCGUCUUCAUCGGCGGAGCCUGCAUCGGCGGCCUGGAGUCACUCGUCGCCCUCCACGUCAGCGGCCACCUAGUCCCCAAGCUUGUCGAAGUCGGUGCUCUCUGGGUAUGACUAGACUACUCAUCUAAUCAAAUACCCAAAUAUAUAUAUAUAUAUAAAUUAUUAUUAUUAUUCUACUUAGAAAAGCAAAAAAAGAAAAAAAAAGAAAAAGAAAUUAUAACUAAUUGUAUAAUUUUGGGUCUUCUCUG